AUGAGACUCGCUGUUGUUGUUAAGGUGCUAGGCCGCUAUGUAAGGCAAGAUAUCCUCCACUCUAAAAUAUGCACCUUUUGGCAACCUACCGGGAACUUCAAGCUAACAGAACUCGAAGGCGGUUGCUAUAUAGUGAAGUUUGAGAAGGAAUGGGACUAUCAACAUGCGAUACUGGGAGGACCCUGGGUGGUGCAAGGUCACUAUCUCAUGGUACACCCAUGGGAACCGACGAUCUCCCCUCAAAACCUAGAGAUCAAGCAGGUGUAUGGUUGGGUUCGGUUGCUAGGCCUCCCUUAUCACUACUAUCACAAGAGCAUUCUCCGAGCCAUUGGGGAAGUCAUUGGCACCGUCUUGAAGGUUAAUUACAAUACAGCCGGGGUGGAUAAGGCAAGAUUCACUAGAUUGGUAGUAAAAAUCGACCUCACCAAACCUCUCGUCUCCAAGAUCAAGCUAGAUGGCACUAUGCAGUUCGUUGAAUACAUGGGGCUGCCAACCAUCUGUUAUUGUUGUGGGAAGUACGGACACUUAGAAACUUCUUGCGCUGCUAAAAAGAAACCUCAAUAG